UAGGUAUAGGUACUAUCAUAAAUAAUUUGAUCGUUUAUCAUGAUUCUGGUCGUAAGUGUGACUUAAGUGAUGUUUGUUUAAUUUGUCCGUGACGCCGUGCCCCGUUGCCGUUUACUUAGAUAAUAUUUCUGCCCCUACUACACACAAUGCCUAGCUGUUUUAUUUGUGGUAGAAGUAGAAAUGCCUAAACGAAAUCUGAAAACAUCACGUUUCACAGAUUUCCCUCUAAAAGUUUUAUUCUACAGAAAUUACAUGCAUUCAUUAUUCAAUUAUUGGCAAUAAUCUAAAGCUGGAGUAUAAAAAAAAAAAAUAGUCUUAUAUUGUCAUUUUAUACCAGAGUCUUUUACUGUAUACAACAAUCAUAGAAUAUUACAAACACAUGCUGUACAAACAAUAAAUUGUAAUAACAAGAGUUAAAUAUUAUAGGCAUAAAUUACAUUUCCUGAACUUAAACAAGAGACGAUCCAGCCAACCUCAUCUAUAAGUAGUAGUUCAAAACUUCAAAUGAAAAAGAUCUUAGUUAAAAUAACUGAUAAUAGUGAACUUGAGCGUGGUAUUCUACUACUAGUCAAUCUUGAAUCGGCACAAUCUAUGGCAAGCAUGUCAUCAGAUGCAAUUAGUUCAUCAACUAAUACAGAAAUUAUUGAUAAUAAUGAGCAUAUGAAUAGCACAUUACAAUUAGUUGAUAAUAAUUUCGAUCAAUCUAUGGAAAAUGCAUCAUCAGGUACAUUUAAUUCACCAAUUCGUACUGGAAAAGUAAUGUCAGCUAAUUUAACUGCGUCCAAGACUUCUGUUGAUGAUUUGCCACAACGAUCAUUUCUUUUACCUAGAAAACGUCAGCUAUUAAAUGCAGUUCAGAUCAAAAAUAGCAUAAAAAAAGUACAAAAAUCUGUGUCAUCAGAUGCAAUUAAUUCAUCAACUAAUACAAAAAUUAUUGAUAAUAAUGAGCAUAUGAAUAACACAUUACAAUUAGUUGAUAAUAAUUUCGAUCAAUCUAUGGAAAAUGCAUCAUCAGGUACAUUUAAUUCACCAAUUCGUACUGGAAAAGUAAUGUCAGCUAAUUUAACUGCGUCCAAGACUUCUGUUGAUGAUUUGCCACAACGAUCAUUUCUUUUACCUAGAAAACGUCAGCUAUUAAAAGCAUUUCUGAUCAAAAAUAGCAUAAAAAAAGUACAACAAUCUGUGUCAUCAGAUGCAAUUAAUUCAUCAACUAAUACAGAAAUUAUUGAUAAUAAUGAGCAUAUGAAUAGCACAUUACAAUUAGUUGAUAAUAAUUUCGAUCAAUCUAUGGAAAAUGCAUCAUCAGGUACAUUUAAUUCACCAAUUCGUACUGGAAAAGUAAUGUCAGCUAAUUUAACUGCGUCCAAGACUUCUGUUGAUGAUUUGCCACAACGAUCAUUUCUUUUACCUAGAAAACGUCAGCUAUUAAAAGCAGUUCUGAUCAAAAAUAGCAUAAAAAAAGUACAACAAUCUGUGUCAUCAGAUGCAAUUAAUUCAUCAACUAAUACAAAAAUUAUUGAUAAUAAUGAGCAUAUGAAUAGCACAUUACAAUUAGUUGAUAAUAAUUUCGAUCAAUCUAUGGAAAAUGCAUCAUCAGGUACAUUUAAUUCACCAAUUCGUACUGGAAAAGUAAUGUCAGCUAAUUUAACUGCGUCCAAGACUUCUGUUGAUGAUUUGCCACAACGAUCAUUUCUUUUACCUAGAAAACGUCAGCUAUUAAAAGCAGUUCUGAUCAAAAAUAGCAUAAAAAAAGUACAACAAUCUGUGUCAUCAGAUGCAAUUAAUUCAUCAACUAAUACAAAAAUUAUUGAUAAUAAUGAGCAUAUGAAUAACACAUUACAAUUAGUUGAUAAUAAUUUCGAUCAAUCUAUGGAAAAUGCAUCAUCAGGUACAUUUAAUUCACCAAUUCGUACUGGAAAAGUAAUGUCAGCUAAUUUAACUGCGUCCAAGACUUCUGUUGAUGAUUUGCCACAACGAUCAUUUCUUUUACCUAGAAAACGUCAGCUAUUAAAUGCAGUUCAGAUCAAAAAUAGCAUAAAAAAAGUACAAAAAUCUGUGUCAUCAGAUGCAAUUAAUUCAUCAACUAAUACAAAAAUUAUUGAUAAUAAUGAGCAUAUGAAUAACACAUUACAAUUAGUUGAUAAUAAUUUCGAUCAAUCUAUGGAAAAUGCAUCAUCAGGUACAUUUAAUUCACCAAUUCGUACUGGAAAAGUAAUGUCAGCUAAUUUAACUGCGUCCAAGACUUCUGUUGAUGAUUUGCCACAACGAUCAUUUCUUUUACCUAGAAAACGUCAGCUAUUAAAAGCAUUUCUGAUCAAAAAUAGCAUAAAAAAAGUACAACAAUCUGUGUCAUCAGAUGCAAUUAAUUCAUCAACUAAUACAGAAAUUAUUGAUAAUAAUGAGCAUAUGAAUAGCACAUUACAAUUAGUUGAUAAUAAUUUCGAUCAAUCUAUGGAAAAUGCAUCAUCAGGUACAUUUAAUUCACCAAUUCGUACUGGAAAAGUAAUGUCAGCUAAUUUAACUGCGUCCAAGACUUCUGUUGAUGAUUUGCCACAACGAUCAUUUCUUUUACCUAGAAAACGUCAGCUAUUAAAAGCAGUUCUGAUCAAAAAUAGCAUAAAAAAAGUACAACAAUCUGUGUCAUCAGAUGCAAUUAAUUCAUCAACUAAUACAAAAAUUAUUGAUAAUAAUGAGCAUAUGAAUAGCACAUUACAAUUAGUUGAUAAUAAUUUCGAUCAAUCUAUGGAAAAUGCAUCAUCAGGUACAUUUAAUUCACCAAUUCGUACUGGAAAAGUAAUGUCAGCUAAUUUAACUGCGUCCAAGACUUCUGUUGAUGAUUUGCCACAACGAUCAUUUCUUUUACCUAGAAAAUGUCAGCUAUUAAAAGCAGUUCAGAUCAAAAAUAGCAUAAAAAAAGUACAAAAAUCUGUGUCAUCAGAUGCAAUUAAUUCAUCAACUAAUACAAAAAUUAUUGAUAAUAAUGAGCAUAUGAAUAGAACAUUACAAUUAGUUGAUAAUAAUUUCGAUCAACCUAUGGAAAAUGCAUCAUCAAGUACAUUUAAUUCACCAAUUCGUACUGGAAAAGUAAUGUCAGCUAAUUUAACUGCGUCCAAGACUUCUGUUGAUGAUUUGCCACAACGAUCAUUUCUUUUUCCUAGAAAACGUCAGCUAUUAAAUGCAGUUCAGAUCAAAAAUAGCAUAAAAAAAGUACAAAAACCUAUUCGCCUUCGAGACAGAAAAAUUGUUGCCAUGAAAGAAAUCAUCAAAAAUUUAAAAAAUAAAAAAUGUUUAAAUGAAAAUGAUUCUAAUGUUCUUUCUGAAUCUUUUGGUAAAUAUGCUUAUUUAAUAGCAAAUUGGUCUUAAAAAGCUUAGGGAAAAAAGUGCCUAAGAAAUAUAGUCCUGCUAUUUGACAAUUUACAUUAUCA